AUGGUCCAUAAGAGCAAAUCUUUCUGGAUCGCCAAUUUUAAAGAUAACGCCCUUAACAUCAACGUCGGCGGAUUGAAAAAGCGCGUCAGUUCUAUGACGCUCUCGCAGUUCCCCGACACCAGACUCGGACGGCUGCUGCUCUGCGAAUCCGAGGAGUCCGUUCUCCAGAUCUGCGAUGACUACGACUUCGCCUCCAAGGAGUUUUACUUUGAUCGCAACCCUGGGCUUUUCCCGUACGUCUUGUAUUUUUACGAGACCGGCAAACUCCACCUGAUGGAAGAGCUGUGCGCCUUCUCCUUCUCCCAAGAAAUCGAGUACUGGGGCAUCAGCGAGUUCUUCCUGGACUCGUGCUGCAGCUAUCGAUACCACGAGCGAAAGCUGGAGAGCAGGCGGCGGAACUGGGACGAGGAGAGCGAGGUGAGCAGCGUUGACACCUCGGUGGAUGAGAUCUCCGACUUUAACCACGACCUCAUGCGCUUUAAUACCUUGCAGUGUGGAAAUUUGCGUAAACGACUUUGGCUCACGAUGGAAAAUCCGGGAUAUUCCAUUCCGAGUAAAAUAUUUAGCUUCAUCUCCAUCUGCGUUGUGAUUCUUUCUAUCUCUACGAUGUGCAUCAACAGCAUGCCGGAAUACCAGAAGUUAGACAAGGACGACGUUCCCAUCGACGACCCGAUCCUCCACAAUCUGGAGUACUUCUGUAUAUCUUGGUUUACGUUCGAGGUCUCGUCGAGAUUGCUUCUCGCCCCAAACCUUAAGAAAUUCUUCAAGCAUCCGUUGAACAUCAUCGACAUCGUAUCCGUGCUGCCGUUCUACUUCACCCUCUUGGUGGACUUGACGGUUGGCAGCGAUUACGAGCUGGGAAAUCUGGGGAAAGUCGUUCAGGUAUUUCGUCUGAUGAGGAUAUUUCGGGUGCUGAAGCUGGCGCGGCAUUCAACGGGACUUCGCUCGCUUGGAGCCACCUUAAAGCAUAGCUACAGAGAAGUAGGAAUUUUACUUCUGUAUCUGGCAGUCGGCGUCACGGUUUUUUCCGGAAUGGCGUACACCGCGGAGAAGGACGAAGACACCGGAUUCGACACAAUUCCGUCCUGCUGGUGGUGGGGAACCGUAAGCAUGACGACCGUCGGCUAUGGAGACGUGGUGCCGGCCACGGUCGCCGGGAAGUUGGCUGCCUCCGGGUGCAUCCUAGGCGGGAUAUUAGUGGUGGCCUUGCCUAUAACAAUCAUAUUCAACAAGUUUUCCCACUUCUACCGCAGACAGAAAGCCCUUGAAAACGCGGUAAGGAACAGCGAUAGGAAACCAAGCGACGACCCAAGCGAGGCGGACGAGAAACUUUCUGAAGAGCUUUAAAA